GUGGAAAGAUGGAUAAUGUUAGAGGUGCAUCAAGUCAUAUUAGGCAGUGGGGGGGGGAUUACAGGAAGACAAAUGUUGAAAAAUUAAUUUUGGCAACAUGCAGAGUUUUGUGUGAAAUGGGUGACUGUUUUGGGAGGGAAACGGUGAGGACAAAGGAGGAGGAGGAGGAAGGGGGGAGGUCUGCGAGGACAAAGAGGAGCUGGCCAGGUGUACGGAGUCUCAGCUCAGUCACUGGUCAUGACCACAGCUCCGUGCCGAUAGCUGCGACGAGAAGGGAGCAGACCGAGUGAGGAGCCGUCAAGGGACACAGGAUGGUGAGGUGUUGGAAACAUCCAGCCGAUCGUUUGGAGGAAGCGCAGUGCGCGGAUGGGGACUCUGCUGCGUCUUCCCAGUCCCACUUCCCACACAAGGCAUUCUGGGUCAGCCUCUCAGCCUCUCUGCUCCUGGUCAUCGUUGCUCUUGGCUUGACAGGACACCUGGGGCUGUCGCAGUCUUCUCAGUCCUCACAGAUUGUGCGAAUCACAGUUCCAGAUCAGACUGGAGUUCUGAUCAACCAGUCAGCCGUAGUGGAUCAGCAGAAUGACCUGGUGACCUUUCUUGUGACCUCACCGGCAAAUAAGACAUCCGCUGUGCUCUUUGAUGUUAAACAUGGUUUAAUAUGUUACAAACCUGUGGACCAGGAGAGCUGCUUUCUGCAGAAGAUGGAAAAGUCCGACUACGACAACGUGCGCUCCCUCCUCCACGAGUCAACGCACAAGCAGAGUCAGUUCCAGCUGUCUGGAAAUGAGACCCACAGGCAGAUGGAGUUCCUGGGAGUGCUGGGGGCCAGCCAAGUGGAUGUGUCCACGCUGGAGGAGCCUGUCCAGGCUCUGUGCCAGGACAGGUCUGUCCACUGGACCAGGAGGACCGAGGGUCCGGGCAAGCAGAGGCUGGUCUACUUUUGCAUCGACAUCUGCUUUCCCAGCAACAUCUGCGUGUCUGUGUGCUUCUACUACCUACCAGAGUGACUGUGUCUUCUCUUCCCAGCAAAAGAUCAGGGAAGACAAAGUUGUCAUUUUAGCUCCCUCUACAAGGAAAAAAAAGAACAAAAAAAAAAAAAAAAACCUCAAACAAAAGCCGGCUUUGACUGUUUCUUUUGUGCCAUACAGCCGCCAGUAAACCAGUGAAGCAGCCAACCCUCCCAGUCUGUUUUCAUCCUUCCGUGAGAGAAGAGAUAGAGGCAAGCUGUCAUGGUUAUCGCCGCAGCCCCGUCGUCACUCCCUUCAUGUGUAAUACCCUCUCUAGUGGCGCACUUCAGAGAUCACAGAAGAAAGACCUCUUUUUUUUUUUUGUACAUGCCUCUGAUUGCAUUUCCUGUAACCCACUGCUGC